CACACACACACCAUCUCCGAGACACACACACCAUUCAAGACUACUGGAAAGCCGAAAAUCUGGGUAUUGGCUUCCUCUGACAACGGUUGUUUCAGCUACCUGAGCUCAGAGACGCAGAGAAUACUCGGCAGGAUGGACCGGAACGAGAGUCACAUGAAUGUGAAGUUGGGAAAUACGGACGCACGGUCCCCUUCCCGAGCUGAACCUGAUGUAUCGUAUGCUGAACUGAAUUUCAAGACCCGCUCUGCGCCCCGGGUGCGGAAAGAUCGAGGCGAUCUGAACUCCACCUAUUCAGAUCUGAACUUUCGGAAAGAGAAACCCGGCAUCGAUCAGGAUGAAGAUCCUCCCAUUGCCUCGGGACCUAACGGUUUGUCAACCACUACACAAACAGCGGCGCAGGAACAGGAGUCGAAAGUGAAGAUCGGAAAUAGACCGUACCGUCUGAUCUGCCUACUCUGCCUAGUUACGUCCGCCCUCAUCGUGGUGGUGGUGGGUCUCUCAAUCCAUGUGUCACAGAUUCGUCAGUCUUACGAAACAUGUCACGGAAAAUCUAAUCUGUCCGAUCUUAAACGAAUGAACAGCGAUCUCCGUCUCCAGUUCACUGAGAUGGAAACGAAGUACAGAUCUGUCAAAGAAGCCAAAGCUCAAAUCUGUGAAUUGCUGAUCAGCAGAAGAGGUGAUGCAUCAUCCCCCUCUUUCACCCGCUCCUCAUCACACGAGCAAACAUGUGUCAAGGACUGGGUCACAAAUAAAGACCAGUGUUAUUACGUAUCCACGUUUGAUACCACUUUCCAAAAAGCGGAUCAAGAAUGUUCAAACCGUGACUCAAGGCUGCUGGAAAUCAAUUCAAGUGAUGAAGCGUUCUUUGUAUUCCACAAUCUUCUGGUCAUCAAACUUGCUUACUGGAUUGAAAAAUGCGAAAACGGGACGGUGGGCCGGAGUCUCCUGUACAAGCACUCUGGAGCACCCGUCUGCAGACGGUGCGGAAGUGGUGACACUUGUGAUGUUGCUAUUCGGAAUUUCAUCUGCGAGAAGUCGGCACCUUUGAUCCCGGAUGUUACUGAAAAGAUCCAGGGUCUCUGCCAACUGCCAGUGGAGUCAACAUGAGUCAAGUGACUGCCCUCAUUUUCUCCACCUUCUCUCUCACUCCUAAAUCCUUUCAAAUUCCCUCCCCACACUCUCUGCCCCUCCCUCCUACUCCAUCUCCUCUUGUUGCAACCAUAUUCUCCCCACCAGACACCGACAAAUCCCUCUCGCCAUCUAUCCCCUUCUCUCUCGCCAUUCCCCCGUCCCGCUCUUCCGCGCUCCCUCUACCUUUCUCUCUACCCUCUCGCCUCCCCUUAUUUCCUCAAACUUUCUCCGCCCACUCUUUCUCUUCUCCCUCUGCACACCUCUUACAUCUCUCUCCCCUUCGCUCCCCCAGACACUCUCUCUCUACCCUCCCCAUUCUCUCUGAACACUCCGUCUCCCUGACCUCUCUCUCCCUCUCUCUUUCUGCUUUCAAUUCACUCUCACCUCAAUCCUGUCCCUUCUGGUGCUCGAUAACCCAACCCUGGGUGAAAGUCUGUCCGCAUUCUCUCUGUCUGUGCCCCUCUUGUACCACGGCAACGUGACCUCCCGACUCCUGUACUCAGUGUGACUGGUGAAGACCAGCGGGCCAAGUGUCCUGUCCACUCUUAUCGGAUGUUUUCCUCAGGAAUCGCUAUUUCAUUUAUAAUCUGAAACUUAUCACGCCUGGAAUUUGUUCUUUUGAAGGAUCAGUACGGCGCAAAGAUGUACAAUUAAUGUAAACUGCAAAUAUGAAUAAACACCACAAAUAUGUCGA